AUGUCACUUUUGAGCAGGCCGAUAAUGGGAAAACAAAACAAGCAAGAUCAAAGUGCACAAAAAGAAAUGAAUGAUUAUGAGAAGAAUAGACUUUUGAGGAUAAAAGAAAACCAAGCAAGACUAAAAGAUUUGGGAGUUAAAAGCAUUGCAAAUUCUUUGACAAGUUUGGUAGAAAGUCAAAAACCAAAGAAAAAACAAGUGAAACCAACGUAUAUCGGUGCUAGAGAUUCAGACUAUAUUCCUGAUUUGGGUGAUGAUAUUGAUGGAGAUUACCACGAAGUUGCUAGAAGUGUUCAAGUAUCCAAAAAGCAACAUCGUCCACAAUAUAUUGCACCAAUGUCCAUGAAUAGACUUGCUAAUUUAACAAGGCAACGUCGGGUGAUUGCUCCAAAUGUCUCGAAUAAGUAUCCAUUGGUUUCGAAUGCAACUAAAGAAAAACAAUCUAGAUCAAAGACUAGUAUGGGUGACUUAAUCUUGAGGAAUAAAGGACCGCAAAGGGAAAGAGAGGUAUUCAAACAAAAUGCGGAAAAGCAUAAUUGUAUCAUAAGUGGAGCAACGAGACAAUUGGCUCUUGUUGAUGAGGAUGAGGAUGAUGAGAUAUCUCAAGCUGAUAUGGAGCAAUUUGGUUUGAAAGAUAAUGUUAAUGAAGGACGUCUUGCGCAAUGUGAAGAAGAUGAUGUUGAUCAAAAUGAUGACCAUGAAGACAUGGACCAUUUGAACUAUGCAAAUAUUGAAAAUGAGAUUGAAGUUGAUGAUAGCGAUGACGAUUUGGGAAAUGAGGAUGAUGUACUUUUUGAAGAACAAUUAGAAGAACCCCAAUUAGAAAAGGAAACAGUAAUUUCUACACCCAAGAAAAGAGGACCAACAAUGUUACAUUCCGUUCACACACGAAAUGUUAAUCAACGUGAGGUUAUUAUAUGUAAUGAAUAUGGACAACCCGUUGGACCGAUAAUAGAGGGGAAGGAUGUAGUAGGAAAAUUCUCUCGGUUUUUGGGUACAAUAGCUCGUACCCAUAGUUAUGCACCAUUGACAUGUACUUCAUGGCACAAAGUUCCACAUAAAGAUAAGAUAUGGGAGUAUGUAUUGGGAAAAUAUGAUGUGCCCGAUGAUGCUAAAACUUGGGUUCUUAGGACAAUUGGAAAUUUGUAUAAGGUAUACAAAUGUAGGUUCAAGAAAAAACACUUCUAUCAAUUUAAGGACAAUAAAACAAGAUGGAAGAAUCGACCUGAAUGCAUUCCUCAAGAAGAGUUCUCAAAACUAUUAGUGUUAUGGAAUAAAAAAGAUGUGGCGAAACGUUGUUCGCGGGCAAAAGAAAUACGCAAGUCUCUAAAAAAUAUGCACACGGCUGGUCCAAAAAGUUUUGCUAGAAUUCGUGACGAAAUGAAAAAUGAAGAUCCAAACAAGGAAUUCCCAACUCUAAGUCAAAUGUUUGAACGUACACGUAAAAGGACAGAUGGGCAUGUAUAUGUCGAUACAUAUGAUGACACGGCAAAUAAAAUUGAACAAAUGAAGAAGUAUGAACAUCUAGAAGAUGAAAGUGAUGCCAUAGAUCCUUAUAUGAUUGUGAUGAAAAAAGAGAAUGAUGGAUACCGUCGACUUUAUGGUAGAGGCGUUACUAAUAGAUUGAUAAAAAAAGUGGGUGGUGGUGAUGCAUCAUACAUGAUUCCGACGGGACUUAUGGAAUCAUUCAAAGCAAAUGAAGUUGAAAGAAAUGAGUUGAUUGAAAUGCGGAAAGAGAUUCAAGAGGACCAUGAAAAAAAGCAGGCCGAAUUAAAAGCUAUGCAAAUAGAUAUUAAAAAACAGCAAGAAAACCUUGAAGCCAUGAUGCGAAAGUUAGCGGAACAACAACCUCGAGAAGGCCGAUAGUUGCUAAUAUGAUUUAUCGUCUAUGUUUAAGACACAUCUAGAAUGUUUUUAAUUAUUUUUUUGUGAUUAUAGUUGACAACUUUGUGUUGACUUUGAUUUAUGGUUAUUAUUUUGAAUUUAGAUAUGUCAAAGGAGACCAUAAAAUUAUAUAAUAUAUUUAUGUUAUUAUUUUUAAGGUGAAAUUUUAGUAGUAAUUUAUAUUUGUAACAAUGUAGUAAACAUAUGUGGCAUCUAUAUGAUUAGGAAAAAAAAUAUUGC